AUGGACUAUAAUCUUGAAUACGGCGAGGAGCAGCGAGAGUACCUUGAGCGUGUCGGGAUGCGCGAGUAUCUCGAGACCUUCGUUGCCGAAGUCGUUCGCCAAAAGCCAAAUGACAUAUACGCCUUUUUGCAUGACUGGGCAAGCGCACACUGCCAGAAACAAACGAAAAUGACGCCAACAGAAGCCUCCAUCAAGAUUCAGUGCGCACAACGUCAAAACGUGGCAAUAAAAGAGAUGCGCAGCCGACAACGCAAGGUAAAUGAGCUUUUAGAGCAGGAAGAGACGGAAAGAGCCAGAAAGGUUGAAAUGGAGGGAUAG